UUUGUCGUUUAUUCACAAAUCAGAAAAACAAAUCAGAAAAAACAAAUCAGAAAAAAUGAGUCAAAAACUGUUCAAGGAAAUUAUAAAAUCUAAUCCCGUUAAUGUAUCUCCCAAUAGUGCAACUGCUGUUGCGCCAGAUGCUAAGUUACCACCGGUGACAAGUGCGCUUUCGGUGUCUCUAAAUCUGAAACUUACUGGUACUCAUGGCGCCCAAAUGUUUGCCCGUACUCCUUCAGUCUUUCUGUUCAGGGAUAGCACUACACUGCAAGCCUGUUUCACAAGUGACUGGGGCAAUCCUAGUAUGGUUGCAUUGAAUGAUAUUAAACCUGACCUUCAACUGGGUUCCUGGCAUAAUAUAACCUACACUAUCUCUAAUAUCGAAAAGAGAAUGGAUGUCUACAUUGAUUGUAUAUGGGUUGGAUUCACAAGCAUCCAGUAUCCUAAUACGCAAAAUGUUGUGUUCAAUGAUGGUCCAUUGUAUGUUGGACAAACACCAAUUUACGCAGGAGUUACUGGUUCAAUUAGCGAUUUUCGGUACUUUAACUGGAGUCUUUCUCACGAUGAAGUGAAGCAAAACUUUGAGAAACAAGGAUUCUUUAAAAACGGCAAUUAUACAACAGAAUAA